AAUCCAUUGCCUUUCAUUAUAUUUCUAAUUCACUUUACUGCUUAUAUUUCUUUCCCUUGAGAUUAACCUUCUGUUCUUCCAAUUUGAUACUCUGUUCUUCCCAGUUUUUUUUCUUUUUCUGUGCUCUGUUUAUUUUCCGGGGAAAGUUGAAAAUUUUCUUUCCAUUUCAGUUAGAAAAUUGAUCUCGUUGAAAAGACCUAAGCGUUUGAAAUCAUGGGUUUUUGUUGAAACCAAGAAAUCUUUUAAAUUUCCCUGCCUUCGAUCAUAAAAAGUAAGAAAAAAGAAAAAUUUCCCUCAUUUUCUCUCGUUUUCUCGGGCUUUCUUUUGUUUUCGUUUCUUAACUUGGGCUUGAAAUUACUGUGUUUUGAAAGGUAAAGAUCCACUAUUUGUUUCUUCAUCGUCGAUCACAACAGAGCAAGACUCGAAGUUUUCUUUCUAAAAAAACGUGUUUAAUUGAAUCCCCUUUUAGUUUUCGUUUCUCGUUUUUCCUUAAAAUUUUCCCGAGAAAAGUGUAAUCUUCAAAAUCCAGCAGGGACCGAAAAAAUAGUUUGAAUUAAAAAAAGGUUGUCAACUUACAAACAAGAUUCUUCAUUUUCUCUCUUCAGUUUUUCCCUUUUUCCCCUUAAAUUUUGUUGUCCAAACGUCAAAAAUUAGGAAUUUUCUCGUCAAAAUUCACAUUACCUAAAAUCACGUCAAUCUCGCUCUGCUCUUUUUCUCCCUUUGAUUUCUUCUACUGUUCAUCAACACCAAGUUAAAAAAAAAAAACCAAAAAACCGAAAAAACAACACCACCAAACUCCCUGUGCUUUUUCUUGUCGUGUCUCUGUCUUUCUUGUCCAAAAAACCAUGAUUUUGGACUCUGUUGCAAAGCAAUCCAAUCUCGAUUGCUUCCUUCAAUGCACAACUCCCACUGUUAGAUCUCAACUCCUCCCUAAGAGUGAAUUUGGGAGCUUGAAUCGAUUAUGGCAUCCAUGGGAAAGAGAAAACGUUGAAUAUUUCACAUUAAAUGAUUUAUGGGAUUGUUAUGAUGAAUGGAGUGCUUAUGGUGCUGGUGUUCCUAUUGUCUUAAACGACAAUGAAACCUUGGUUCAAUAUUAUGUUCCUUAUUUGUCUGCAAUUCAAAUCUUUACAAGCAAUUUAAGGGAAGAGAUAGAAUCUGGUGAUGGUGAUUGUUUUAGUGAUUCAUGGAGUACUGAUGAGAGUGAAAGUGAUAAAUUGUGGCGGUGGGAUGGUUGUUGCUCCUCCGAGGAUGGUGGUUCCGAUCAAGAUAGUGUUUGUCAUUUGAAUAAUCGUUUGGGGUACCUUUACUUUCAAUAUUUCGAGACAUCGACACCUUACGGACGAGUUCCACUCAUGGAUAAGAUUAAUGGAUUAUCUCGAAGUUACCCUGGUUUAAUGUCGUUGAGGAGCAUCGAUCUUUCUCCGGCUAGUUGGAUGGCAGUUUCUUGGUACCCGAUUUAUCAUAUUCCAAUGGGAAGGACUAUAAAGGACUUGUCCACAUGCUUCCUCACGUAUCAUACUCUAUCUUCUUCUUUCCAAGAAAUCGAUCCCGAGGAUGAUAUCAAGCUAGCCGAAAAGAAUCAAAAGGAAAAAGAGGGCAACAUCUCUCUUCCGCCGUUUGGGUUAGCAACUUACAAGAUGCAAGGGGACGUGUGGUUGUCCUCCUCCAGUUGUGGAGGAGGGGACCAAGAAAGGCUAUUGUCACUUUUGAGUGUUGCCGAUUCGUGGCUAAAGCAACUAAGCGUUCAACACCAUGACUUCAACUAUUUCUCGGGUAUUCGACGUGGCUAAAAAAGCCCUCUACAUCCCUAAUAAACAUGGAAAAAAGUUCACUCAUCACUCAUUUAUCAUCAAAAGCCGAAAAAAAAGGAGGAAAAAAAAGAAAGUAACAUUUUGGUUUUUUUAGAAGCUUUAGUUAUGGGGAUGCUUUUGAGCACUUGUUAGAAAACCCCGUUUUUAGGCCAUGUUUGUAGUAGAUGUUUUCUUUUCAAGUUUGUGGGCUUUUGUUGUAAAGAAAUGGGUGAGAUUUGAGACUUAGUGUGAGGCUCUUUUAAGCUUUUGAACCUUUUUUUUUUCUGGACUGUAUGAUAUGUUCUCUGUUAACCUUAGUAUAAAGCUAAUGAAAAUGUUCUCAAUAGUUUUUCCACAA